GGUUUUAAGCUUCUUGUAACUGGCAAUGGAAGUGUAAUUCAGGUCUAUGAAGAGGGCGGCCGCCAUGGCAUUCCCUAUUCAGCUUCUUAUUCUGGUUUUUCUCUUCUGUGUUAGCGCCGGUGUGGUGGAUUCCGAUGAUGGAGCUACGUUGUUGGAGAUAAAGAAAUCAUUGAGGGAUGUGGAUAAUGUUCUAUAUGAUUGGACAAGCUCACCUUCUUCAGAUUACUGUAAAUGGAGAGGUGUCACCUGUGACAAUGCCACUCUCAAUGCUAUCACUCUUAAUCUUUCUGGUCUCAACCUGGUCGGAGAAAUUUCUCCUUCGGUCGGGAAGCUCAAGGGCCUGCAAACUUUGGAUUUGAGAGGGAAUAGGCUUUCUGGUCAAAUUCCUGAUGAGAUUGGUGACUGUUAUUCGUUAAUAAAUCUGGAUUUAUCGUUUAAUGAGAUUUACGGAGACAUACCAUUUUCCGUUUCGAGGUUGAAGCAACUGGAAAUGCUAGUUGUGAAAAAUAAUAGACUGAUUGGACCAAUCCCUUCAACCUUGUCUCAGGUUCCAAACUUGAAGGUCUUAGAUCUGGCACAGAAUAAUCUUAGUGGUGAAAUACCGAGGCUCAUUCACUGGAAUGAAGUGCUGCAAUAUAUGGGAUUGCGUGGCAACAAUUUUGUGGGCACACUGUCUCCAGAUAUCUGUCAGCUCACUGGCUUAUGGUAUUUUGAUGUGAGAAACAACAGUUUAAGAGGCAGCAUACCUCAAACCAUAGGCAACUGCACAGCCUUCCAGGUCUUGGACCUGUCAUACAAUCAUCUCACUGGAGAGAUACCAUUCAACAUUGGUUUCCUUCAAGUAGCCACAUUGUCCUUGCAGGGUAAUCAGUUGUCAGGUCCCAUCCCACCAGUAAUUGGUCUGAUGCAGGGGCUUGCUGUGCUAGAUUUGAGCUGCAACAUGUUAACUGGUCCAAUCCCCUCUAUCUUAGGGAAUCUGACAUACACUGAGAAACUGUACCUGCAUAGUAACAAGCUCACUGGUUCCAUUCCAGCAGAGCUCGGGAAUAUGACAAAGCUCCAUUAUCUGGAACUGAAUGAUAAUCAUCUUACUGGGACUAUUCCAGCCGAGCUAGGGAAACUAACCGAUUUGUUCGAUCUAAAUGUUGCUAAUAACAAUCUUGGAGGGCCUAUCCCUGAUAAUCUUAGCUCAUGCACAAAUCUCAACAGCCUAAAUGUGCACGGAAAUAAGUUGAACGGAACGAUUCCGCUGUCUUUCCAGAGGCUAGAGAGUAUGACUUACCUGAAUCUGUCCUCAAAUGAUCUACAAGGUCCUAUUUCAGUUGAGCUAUCUCGAAUUGGCAAUUUGGAUACAUUAGACAUUUCAAAUAACGAAGUUAAUGGCACAAUUUCUUCGUCGUUCGGAGAUCUCGAACAUCUCCUAAAGCUAAAUCUAAGCGGGAAUCGCUUAACAGGAUCUAUUCCAGCUGAAUUUGGCAAUCUAAGAAGUGUAAUGGAAAUAGAUAUUUCACACAAUCAGCUCUCUGGGUUCAUUCCUCAAGAACUGACACAACUUCAAAAUCUGCUCUCCUUGAGACUUGAAAACAACAAUCUAUCCGGGGACGUGAGGUCGUUGAUAAACUGCCCGAGUCUUACCGAACUAAACGUAUCUAAUAACAAUCUAGGUGGUUACAUUCCCACAAGCAACAACUUCUCUAGGUUCUCAUUUGACAGUUUCCUUGGAAAUCCUGCCCUCUGUGGAUAUUGGAAUAGCAACAUCUAUCCCUGUCGUGAGGCUCAUACGACCGAGAGAGUGACGUUAUCUAAAGCUGCUAUCCUCGGGAUCGCUCUUGGUGCUCUAGUAAUUCUUCUAAUGAUCCUCCUGACCGUGUGCCGACCGAACAACACAAUACCUUUUCCAGAUGGGUCACUUGAUAAACCAGUUACUUACUCAACUCCCAAGCUAGUAAUCCUUCACAUGAACAUGGCACUUCACGUGUACGAGGAUAUUAUGAGGAUGACUGAAAAUUUGAGUGAAAAGUACAUGAUCGGACAUGGAGCUUCAAGCACAGUCUACAAAUGUGUACUCAAGAAUUGCAAACCUGUGGCUAUCAAAAAGCUCUACUCUCACCAGCCCCUAAGCAUGAACGCAUUUGAGACCGAGCUCGAAACUGUCGGUAGCAUCAAGCACAGAAAUCUAGUCGGCCUCCAAGGAUACUCCUUGUCCCCCUCUGGGAAUCUCCUCUUCUAUGACUACAUGGAAAAUGGCAGCCUUUGGGACCAUCUACAUGGCUCUUGUUCUACCAAGAACAAAAAACUUGACUGGGACACUCGGCUUAAUAUUGCACAUGGAGCAGCCCAAGGACUAUCAUACCUACACCAUGAUUGUAGCCCUCGUAUUAUCCACAGGGAUGUCAAGUCAUCAAACAUUCUAUUAGACAAGGAUUUCGAAGCCCAUCUCACUGAUUUCGGCAUCGCCAAGAGUUUGUGCACCUCGAAGACAUAUACAUCCACUUAUAUCAUGGGAACAAUUGGAUACAUCGAUCCAGAGUAUGCUCGAACGUCUCGACUUACUGAAAAAUCUGAUGUUUACAGCUUCGGCAUUGUUUUACUUGAACUACUCACUGGAAGGAAAGCUGUAGACAAUGAAUCAAAUCUCCAUCAAUUGAUCUUAUCGAAAACAGCCAACAACGCGGUAAUGGAGACGGUUGAUCCUGAAAUAACUGCAACUUCCAAGGAUCUUGGAGCUGUAAAGAAGGCGUUUCAGCUUGCUCUCCUGUGUACCAAGAGGCAGCCAUCUGAUAGGCCAACGAUGCACGAAGUAACGCGCGUCAUCAGCAGUCUUCUGCCCUCGGCAGCACCACUAAAGCCAAUGCCAUCUGUUGCAUCACUGCCCCCAUCUGCAAGAGCCCCUAGCUACAAGGAUGAAUAUGCAAAGCUAAAAACGCCGCACGUGCUGAACUGCCCGUCGAUGAGCACCUCAGACGCCCAGCUCUUCCUCAAGUUUGGAGAGGUUAUAUCACAGAACAGUGAGUAACAAGGUAGGCAAAGCUCUAGAACUAAGAAAGAAUGCUCUCCAUGAUUGGUUGGAUUUAGCAGCCGCCUUGUUACUGUGUAGUGCAAGCAAAGCAUAAACAUAAAUGUUUUGGUAAAUUUAGGAAGCAAAGCAAAGCAUAAACAUAAGGAAAGCUAUAAAAUUUCCUAUAAAAUAUGUUUUGUUACUCCUCCAA